CUAUAGACGUCAACGCCAGUUGCUCGUCAAAUUCCAAUUCGUUCGUACGUUUUUCUCGCUUUUCCCUCUUCGUCGCUUUUCGCCUUCGUCGCCAAUUUUCUACAAUUACUAAUAUUCGACCAGUUCGAGAGGCAACGCUCGCGAAAAUCCUUGACACGGUAACGAGGCGCGCGCCAUCGCGAGCGGGGCCAGCUUCGAACAUGUCGCCGCUGAUCGUUCGCGUGUUCGCCGGGAUCGCGAUAUGCGGACUUGUCGCGAAAACAGAGGAACGCCGCUGUUCGUACAUCACUUGGGAGAAAAUCAACGGCGUCAAGCCUGAAUCCGUCGAUUCGCAAAUCCUCCUCUUCAGCGGUGUGAAUUCCAACGGAAUAACCAAGCCCUGCUUCGAGAGAUGCGAGCGCGCAAACUGCACCGCGUUCGUGGUAGAUUUCGGGAGGAGCGUCUGUUACAGCGUGCGGGUGCCCGAAGCAAACUCGACCUUCUAUCACCGAGUCUGCGUGAAAGUUCCGGUGAGGUGCGCGCGAGAGAGGUUUUGGCAGGUGGAGAGAAACCCGGGAGCGGUGUUCAUCGACUUCGCCGCCUUCCACUUGUCCAACCCCAUCACCAGGAACCAAUGUUACGAGAAAUGCGUCGACACAGGACGUAGCUGCGAGUCAGCGCAAUUCCGAACAACCAGACCUCUUUCUUCCGACGACACGGUUGGACGAUGUUCUUUGUCCCUUUACGAGCGGGGAACAAGACCUCGAGCGUACAGGGCGUCCAUGUACAGGGACGAAUACCUUCAAGAUCAGUGCCGAAACUUGCCCAAGAGAGAGUACUGUUCCUACGCGGAAUUUCGAAACUUCUCCUUGCCGUACUCGGACGUCGCUCUGACCGAUCUCGACCAGAAACAGUGCGAGAGGAGAUGCGAUCUGAGCGUGGACGGGUUCGUCUGCCGAGGAUACACGCUGGACAAUUCGUCCGGCGAGCUGGUGUGCUUGUUGCACUCGGAAGACACCAACAGUCUCGGAGUUAGCUCGCUGAUCGACAUGCCGCACGCCAUCUACAGGGAACGAGAGCCUUGCUUGGAUCUCAAGGUACGAUGCAACGAAUCCGCGAUGACGAUCGAACUGCGGACCAGCGAGGCCUUCGUCGGUCGGAUCUACGCGAACGGCCAUGCCGAUAGCUGCGGCGUUCAGGGUAUCGGGAGAAAUCGAACGGUGUUGACGCUGCCGGUACCAACACCGGACAAAGUUCGCGAUUCGCAGCUACGCUGCGGCCUCAAUCCCGCCUUCUCUAUCGACGAUCGUAAUCGGACGAAGCCAUUGGUCUGGGCGACGAUCGUCGUGCAAUUCAAUCCGAUCGUCCAGAGGCUCGGCGACCAAGCCGUCAGAGUUGGAUGCUCGUUGAACGAUCGGGAACCACCGCAGCCGAGAAACGUCACCGUUCAUUCCACUUUCACCUUUCUCGAUCCAAACGCAGGAGUGCCGCCGAUCUCUUCCACGAUCGUCAACGCGUCCUCGCACGCACCUAUGCUCACAAUGAGGAUCUUGGACGAGAACUCGAGGGACGCGGUCGUCACACAUUUAGGACAGAAAUUAACCUUGAAGAUUCAACUGAAUCCACCUGACGCCUUCGCCGCCUUCAAGUUCCCCGACAGCCAGCUGGUGCGGUUCAACGUGAUCGUUCGAUUCUGCUUGGAAAAGUGUACGCCGGCCAACUGCAAACGCGGCAAGCCCUCCUACGGAAAGAAGAAGCGAGCCAGCCAAUCUCCCUCUCCACCGGAUGAUGAAACACCGGAGGUGCUACCGUUACAACUCUCGAUAAUCGUUAAAAAUCCCGUCGCAUCCUCGGCCGAUCGUCUAUCGUCCCCGAGGGAGAACUCCUCUCCGGACACUCUGCUCAUCACUGGUGGACCAAACUCUAUGAACGGGCUGUUUUGCGUGGACGCCAGUCUCGCUUUGAGCCUGCUCAUUUUUUGGCUGAUCAUUCAAAUCGGCUUAAUCGUCGGCUGCCUGAUGGCGAUCGCGCAGUACAGACGAACCGCCGUAAGAGCGGAACAAGACAGAGCGAACGUCCUCGCCAGGCAUCUCUACGGUAUUCACGGCGGAAACUUUGAAAUCGCUCGAAGAGUCAGAUGGGCCGAUCACAACGCUUCCUCCUCGUCUCUCGGCUGACUAUGUAGAAGGAGGGGACAGAAGUUGCAGUCACGAGCCGAUGUCGUCGAUCCGUUCAACACCUUACUAUCCGCC